UGACAUGGUUUGGUAUUUUAAUUAUAAUUAAUUGUAUAAAUUAGAUAUUAAGUUGAUUCUUGUUCCAUUAGAAAGUAGACUCGAAUAGCUUCGAUUCGAGUACUUAUACGCGUAAUUCCGACAUCGGGAAGGGGUUCAACCGGACUGACAAAGUUGUCAAAAUCAGACUCACUCGCUGUACGCGUUUUGGACGCAUUUUGAACGCGUUUUGACUCAGUAAACGCGUUUUACUAUUUAAACACGUUUUUCUGGUUAUUUAAGAGGGUUUUGGGGCUGAGAGAAUUCCUAAGUUGAAUCUGAGAACUGUUACCUAAAAGCAUUGGACCAGAGAAGUUUUAGAGCUAAGUUUGGAGCCACGAGAAGGAAUUCUAAGGCAGAGGAACGUCGGGGAACCGUUUGAAAGCAAGCUUAGGAGAAAACCAACCAUGGCACGCAGAUCACCUCCUCCUCCUCCUCCUUCUCCUUCACCGGCACAGUCUGAUGUUUCUAACUUGGUGAGAGUAAUGGAAUCUUUUGUGGUGGCGAUGCAACAGCAGAAUGCAUCAUUGAUACAACAAAACACAGUUGCAUUACAACAAUUGGAGGCUGCUAGGGUGUCAGCUGAGGCACACCAGAGGCAAUUUGUGGAACUAAUAAACGGUGGUGCAAGAGCUCCCGCUGACCCAUUCUAUAUUCCGCCCACUCCUAUUCAAGAGUGGAGUCUAGAGAAUUUUCUUCAACAUCAUCCAGCUAAAUUUUGUGGCAAUACCAGUGCCGACGAAGCAGACCAAUGGUUUAGAGAUAUGGAGAGAAUUUUCAAUGCCAAAAACUGCCCAGACGAUAAUAGAUUGGCUUAUACUGAAUAUUUGUUGUCAGGAGAAGCCAGUCAUUGGUGGACCAGUACGAGAACACUGUUGGAAAGGAGUGGUAAACCGAUCACUUGGAACUUAUUCCAGAAUAAGUUCUAUGCUGAGUACUUUCCGGACAGUGUAAGGUAUACCAAGGAAGUAGAAUUUCUCCAGUUAGUGCAAAGGGGAAUGACUGUGACAGAAUAUGCCGAUAAAUUUAAGCAUCUUAGUCGCUUCCAUACUCUGGAUAUGGAUGAAGAAUGGCAGUGUAGGAAGUUUGAAAAUGGACUGAGAGGAGAUAUCAAAUUGCUGGUCAAAGGUUUAUGUAUCAAGGAGUUUCCUACAUUGGUGGAGAGAGCUAAAGUGUUAGAAAAGACAAAGAAUGAAAUGCAAUUUCAGCAGAGACCACCCCAAAGGAUUGGUGGACCAUCUGGGUCCAAAUUCCGGCAUGGAGACAGGAGAAAGCCCUAUUCUAAACCUCCUUUCCAGGGGCUUAAAUGACCUUCAUUUCAUCAA